AUGGAUAAGCAAAUUGCCCGCAUCAUGGUCAGCCUCAAACAGCUGCCCAUCCGCACUCUACUGCUGGAGUUCUGGAGGGACCCCAGGAAGCGCGGUGGACUAUCGGCUGCUGUUCUUGCCGCAUACCUGCUCCUCCAAAAGUCCCUUCGGUAUCGACGACUGAAGCGCUUACAAAGGGUGUACCGCAAAUAUACCACUCGAGAGGAGAUGGCUUCGAUGACGGAUCAUGAUGCCUGGGCAAUCCAAAAACAGAUGCUAUCGAUGGAAUUCCCGUCAGCGACAUUAAAGGCGUUGCAGUUUGCCUUGUUCAGGACAUAUGGAAUUCCAACAAUAUCAUCCCUCCUGCUCAAAACAUCCCAGUUCUCCAACCCCACGACCUCCUUCAAACGGUAUGCCGACACAGGCGCCCUGAUCGGGCAGUUCAUGGCGUUUGAGCCGUCCUCUGAACGAGCACAGACCGCUCUUGCUCGCACUAAGUUUCUCCAUGUAGGAUACCGGAGCAGCGGGAAAAUUCUCGAGUCCGAUAUGCUGUACACCCUGAGUUUGUUUGCCAUCGAGCCCAUUCGCUUUAUUGAUAUGUUCGAGUGGCGGUCACUCAGUGAGGUGGAGCAAUGCGCCGUCGGCACUUACUGGAAAAGUCUCGGUGAUGCACUGGAAAUCAGCUUCGCCGACCUCCCUUCAGGACCGCAUGCAUUCCGUGAUGGACUGCAUUUCCUAGAAGAGCUCCGGGAGUGGAGUCUGAAGUACGAGGAAGACUAUAUGAAGCCGAGUGCUUCGAAUAAGGAGGUCGCGGACAAGACGAUGGAUGUUCUCGUCUAUUCAAUGCCACGAUUUCUCAAGUCAGUUGGUAUCAAUUUUGCGUCAUGUGUGAUGGAUGAUCGGUUACGAGAGGCAAUGAUGUACCAACCACCAUCCGUGGCAUACAAGACGAUAUUUUCCUCACUUAUCGCCGUCCGCCGGUUCUAUCUACGCCAUCUGGCCCUGCCUCGGCCGAAUUUCCGGCGAAUCGAUAUCUUUACCGAUAAGCCAAAUGAAUAUGGACGCUACUACGUAAAUCUCUAUGAAGCUAUUCCAUACUAUGUGAAGCCGACGCUUUGGAACCGCUGGAGUCCCGCGGCAUGGAUCAGCUGGGCGAUGGGGAUGCCCUUGCCAGGAGACGAAGACGACAAGUAUUACCCCCGAGGAUUCGAUCUGGAGGAUCUAGGCCCGAAAUAUUUUGAGGGAAAAGGCCGCAAGUCAGUGGCUACAAUCCGGGAGCAACUGAAAAAGGAACGAAGGGGACAGGCGCCCUUUAUCCCUGAGCUCCCCAGUGCCGAGGAUGCGAAGUAUGAAGUUGUUAGCCCAGAAAUUUCCGAGGCAUGA